CCCGGCGCGGAAGGCUUCCAACUUUGGAGGAAGGCCGUUGGUCGCCAAACCUGCCUCCCAUUGGCCGCUUUCGGGCGUGAUUGACGCGGCGCCGGCCAACGGCGGCGCGGCACCGUUUCCGCGCGCUGUUUGGGACGGUUACGGGGCGCUGAACGGCGGAGGCUGAAGUGGGGAGAGACCCGCCGGUUGGCAAGCAGUCCGGCUCGGUAGGGAAGAUGGCCGGCGGCGGCGGAGGAGGAGCAGGAGGCGGCUGCUUCUACCCGCGAACGACGAAUCCGAGCCUCGAGUCGCCGCCUCUCCUCAGCCUGAGGCGAAGGUCGAAGCAGCAAGGGCCGGAGGAGGCGGUGACUCUUGAGCGAGUGUUGGGAAUAACCGCUCAAACCAGCAAUGGCUUAACUUGUGACCCAAACUCAGGACAGGUUGCAUAUCCAACAGGGUGUGUGGUUGUGAUUUUCAAUCCUCAGAAGAACAAACAAAGGCACAUCUUUAAUACGGCCAGGAAAACUGUGACCGCUUUAUCUUUCUCUCCCGAUGGGAAAUACGUGGCCACGGGAGAGAAUGGGCAUCAGCCAGCCGUCCGAGUCUGGGAUGUAGAGGAGGGGUCCCAAGUGUCCGAACUUCAUGGCCACAAGCACGGUGUGGCCUGCGUGGCCUUCUCUCCCAGCAUGAAAUACCUUGUGUCGGUCGGGUAUCCUCACGACAUGAAAGUGAACGUGUGGGAUUGGAAGAGCGAUACACUCAUCGCUUCCAACAAAGUCUCUUGCAAAGUUAUGGCCCUCUCCAUCUCAGAGGACAGCUAUUUUGUGACAGUCGGGCACCGCCAUGUCAAGUUCUGGUUUUUGGAUGGCGCCAGAGAAAUUAAGAUCAAGGAGACGGUUCCACUGGUGGGUCGCUCCGGACUCCUCGGGGAGCUCCACAACAAUACCUUCUGUGACGUGGCGUGUGGCCAGGGCAAAAUGGCUGGCAGCACCUUCUGCAUUUCGCACUCGGGGCUGCUCUGCCUCUUCAAUGAGAAGCGCAUCCUGGAGAAAUGGAUCGAUCUGAAGGUGACGCUGGCCAAUUGCAUUUGUGUCAGCGAAGAAUUCAUUUUCUGUGGCUGUGCUAACGGAACCGUGCGCCUCUUCCAAGCACACAACUUGCAUUACCUCUCGGAUUUGCCCAAGCCCCACCACCUGGGCACCGACGUGGCUACAGAACCCAUCCUGAGAAAGCCAGAUGCCUCCUCUCCAGAUGCUAUUGCUGUCGUCUUCGACCCUCGACGUCACUGGCUCUCCUGUGUGUACAAGGAUCACAGCGUGUACAUUUGGGAUGUGAGGGACAUUGGCCACGUCAGGAAAGUGUGGUCUGACCUCUUCCACAGCUCCUUUGUCUGGGACGUGGAGGUGUAUCCUGAGUUUGAAGGCCAUCAAGGCUGUUUGCCUGCAGGGUCCUUUCUAACGUGUUCCUCAGACAGCACUAUACGGUUUUGGAACUUGGAAAACAGCACGCAUGGACCUUUCAAGAAGAACGUCUACAGCGACAACUUGCUGAAGGUGGUGUACAUGGAAAAGGGCACUCAGUUUUUGCAAGAUGCAACUAAUUUGCCGGACCGAAACGACAACGUCGGCUACCUGGAUGUAAAAUCCGGCGUCCGAGUGAUGCAGAUCAGCCCUGAUGGCCAGCACUUGGCUUCUGGGGACAGAACCGGGAAUCUGAGGAUACAUGAGCUAAAAUUCAUGGCGGAAGUGAUGAAAUUUGAAGCCCACGAUUCGGAAGUCCUCUGCUUAGAAUAUUCCAAGCCAGAAACAGGCCUGGCGCUCUUGGCUUCAGCGAGUCGCGAUCGGCUGAUUCACGUACUGAACGUGGGAAGCGAUUAUAAACUAGAGCAGACUUUGGAUGACCAUUCCUCGGCUAUAACGGCAGUCAAGUUCACUGGAAAUAACUGCGUUCAGAUGAUUAGCUGUGGAGCUGACAAAAGCAUCUAUUUUCGCAGCGCGCAAAAGUUUGACGGUUGCAUCAGAGACCAGCAGUCAUUUGGAGAGAGUGAGGAUGGAGGGAGCCCGCUUCUGAAUCCCCGCCUGAGCAUCUCCGCCAGGUUUCUCUCACGCGCUCAGAAGAACUGCAGAUUUGCAGCGGCGUUUUUCCCAAGAGUCUGCCCGCUGGUGCAGGCAGCCACUGCUGAACACCCCUCAGAGGAGUGCGUACCACUCAGCGAUUUCACGAAAUGCAAGAAACCUCCCCCAGAAAUCCACCCCGAGGUGAAAGGAAGCCUCGAGGCCAAAACAUCCCGUGUUUCAGAAAUUCAGGCUCUCGUCAAAAAUUUUGAGGGCAGCUUGCAGUCCCUACGCCUCAAAUUUCAAGAGAGUUUGCAACUGUACGAUAAGGUGGUGUCUAGCCCCGGUGGGACCGAGGAGGAGCUCGCCCACGUCCAGCAGAGGCUUUCUAGCACCUUCCGCUGGAUGAAGAGCGAGCUGGCGGCCAGAGACAGCAAGGGCAAAGCCGACGUAGCCACCGCCACCGACCCCUCGUCCUUCUGGCCGAUCUGCCUCCGGGAGGGCGAGGCCCACGCGCUCCUGAAGCACUACUCUGACUCUCUCCUGAACGUGGUUCAGAAGAAGCUGGAGGAGGCCCGGAAAACCAGCCUGCCUUGAAGGACACCCCCCCCCCGCCCCCAGUUCCUGCCCCUUCCGCACAUUUGCCACGCACAGAUGUCCGUUUCGGUGGGACUCCCAAGGAGCUGAGACCGUGUGACACGAGCACCGAUUCACGUGUUGCCUUUUAGCACUUUGUUCGCAUCCAUAGGAAAAUCUCAAAGGUUCGCCCAGAAACGCUGACAAUGUUGAAUGCCUCCUUUUAUGGGAAAAGAAAAUAAUAAUAAUAAUAAUAAUGUUUUUAUAAGACUGAGGAAAGAGGGAUAAAACUCGAAAGGGGCGUCUUGAAAUUCUCCUGUGGUUGCUGUUUUAAACUCGGGUUGCAGCACAGCUUUGUAACGGUUUACUCUUUUUUUUAAAAAAAAAAAGGUU